CGAAGAGUGAAGAAAGAAAAAAAAAACACACAAAAUUUUUUGUCAUAGAAAUUAUCAACAUAGGUAUAAGCGUUCAAAAUGGCGAACAUGGCGGUAUCUCGAAUAAAAAGAGAAUUCAAAGAAGUCAUUAAAAGCGAAGAGAUCGUUCAAUGCUCCAUCAAAAUCGAACUAGUAAAUGACAGUUGGACAGAAUUGAGAGGUGAAAUCGCUGGUCCACCAGAUACACCAUAUGAAGGCGGAAAGUUUCAGUUGGAAAUCAAAGUGCCAGAAACCUAUCCAUUCAAUCCCCCAAAGGUUAGAUUCAUCACACGAAUUUGGCACCCAAACAUAUCUUCCGUAACUGGUGCUAUUUGCUUGGACAUUUUAAAAGACAAUUGGGCUGCAGCUAUGACACUACGCACUGUACUGUUAUCAUUGCAAGCGCUGCUAUCGGCUGCCGAACCAGAUGAUCCACAGGAUGCGGUCGUUGCAUCACAAUACAAAGAAAAGUACGAUAUGUUUGUUUUGACAGCCAAGCAUUGGACAAAUGCGUAUGCCGGUGGUCCAAAUCGGAUUCAAGAUUGCGAUCAGAAAAUUCAGCGUUUGCGUGAUAUGGGAAUUCAGGAGCACGAAGCCAGAUCAGUUUUGUCGAAGGAGAAUUGGAAUUUAGAAAAAGCCACUGAAAACCUAUUCAGUUAGCUCCAAAACAAAGAAAAUUCCUAAAAGCAUAAAACAUAUUUCGAGAGAUGUUGAAGAAGAAAAUCAAUAAAACGAAAACGACCAAGACAACAAGAAAGAGCAAAACCAUUUGCAAUGGUCAAGUGAAUUUUAACCAAACUGGCCGUUAUUACUGAACAAACAUACACACAUACACAAAUCCACUUAAAUUAUUAUUCCCUAUUUUGUUUUUCAUAUGUAAUAGUUUUUUUUUAAACCGCGACAAGGAAUUUAUUUUUCUAUACAAUUUACUGUUGAAUCGGUUCACAAUAAUUCAAUCCGUUCACAUAGUUUCGAACUUCAUAAUUUUUUGUUCUGUCAUAUAUUGUAUCAUCAUAAUUUUUGUAUUCAAUUUUGUUUUCCAAAAAUGAUUUGUCGUGUGUCACGCUCAGAAUCGAUUGAUGCUACGCAUUACAGGUCUGUGUGUGACACACUUGUUGCGAAUGCUUAUCGAAUUGCGCAUGAUACACUACGGUUGAUUUGUGAAUGGAUCUUAGAAGAUUCAACCUGAAAACACACAAAACAUCCGUAAUUUGAAUUAAGCCGAAGUUAAAAAAAAACAACAACAAUAACAACAACAACCACACAUGCAUCAAAAACAAAGGAAAGAAGAAAAUAAAAUUCUAUUGUGCGAACGUUAUUAAAUUGUAAAUAUUGACAACAAAUUAUUGCGAAACUCUUUAAAUUGUUUUAACAUUUAAAUUUAAAUUAACUAUGAAAACUGAGAAAUGAUUAAAUACCCGGUGUAGCUGAGAGAAAUGUACUAUAUUAAUAAGAGAAUGCUUCUCAAAAACAAUUGUAAGUCUAAGUUCAUGAUUAAAAAUCGAAAUUAAAAUUGAUAAA